UUGAAAAUGUUUUGUCCGAAUCUGAAUAUCUAUCGUAAUGGGCUGUACCGCGUACUGUUUAAAGUGCCUCAGCGGCAUGAGCACCAGAUGCCCGAGAAUCUCAAAUCGGUGAUAACGGACAAGGAUCCCGAGUUCUCAAAUAUGGUUUCCUACUAUUAUCACAAGUCAGCUCAGAUCAUGGAGAAGAGUUUGGUCAAAGAAAUGGACAAGUAUCUUGAUUUCAAGCCCGAGGAAAAGCAGGCACGUGUCUCUGCCAUUCUGAACUUGAUAGGGAGCGUGUGCACCACAUUGGAGGUGAACUUUCCCAUCAUACGCAAAGAUGGUACCUACGAAAUAGUCACGGGCUAUCGAGCUCAUCACGUUCGUAACCGUCUGCCUCUAAAGGGUGGAAUUCGCUUCGCCAUGGAUGUGGAUGAGCACGAGGUGAAGGCAUUGGCGGCUAUCAUGACAUUCAAGUGUGCCUGCGUUAAUCUACCCUUUGGUGGUUCCAAAGGAGGUGUUCGAAUCGAUCCCAAGAAAUACACGGCUAGGGAAUUACAGACAAUCACUCGCCGCUACACCAUGGAGCUGUUGAAGCGCAAUAUGAUUGGCCCUGGCAUUGAUGUGCCUGCUCCGGAUGUCAACACUAGUCCGCGUGAGAUGAGCUGGAUCCUGGAUCAGUACAUUAAGACCUUUGGCCACAAGGACAUCAAUGCAACGGCUAUUGUCACUGGGAAACCGGUUCACAUUGGUGGCAUCAAUGGAAGAUUUGCGGCAACUGGCCGGGGAGUGUGGAAAACGGGCGAUGUAUUUCUCCAAGAUAAAAAAUGGAUGGAUUUAAUUGGUCUCAAGACCGGAUGGGAAGACAAAAAAGUCAUCGUUCAGGGCUUCGGCAAUGUUGGCUCGUUUGCAGCGAAGUUUGUCCACGAGGCAGGCGCCAAAGUAAUUGGCAUUCAGGAGUUUAAUUUUUCACUGACCAACGAUGAUGGCAUUGAUAUCAAUGAUCUCAUGCAAUUUUUAGCGGAUAAGAAAACGCUGAAGGGCUAUCCUAAGGCCAAAGAAUCCACUGAAAAUUUGCUGACAGCGGAGUGCGACAUACUGAUGCCAUGUGCCACACAAAAGGUCAUAACCAGCGAGAACGCAAAGGAUAUCAAAGCUAAAUUGAUUCUGGAAGGCGCCAAUGGGCCAACAACGCCAGCUGGCGAGAAAAUUUUACUGGAUAAAAAGGUGUUGAUCGUCCCAGAUCUGUAUUGUAAUGCAGGCGGAGUCACAGUGUCUUAUUUUGAAUAUCUGAAAAAUAUUAACCAUGUGACGUACGGCAAGAUGACGUCGAAGAGAUCAUCCCAGCUCAUCCAUGAGGUCAUUAAUUCCAUCAAUGAAUCGCUAAACUGCCAGAUUGAGGAAAUCCCCCUGGUCCAGCCAAACAAGUCACUGCAGGCGAUUCGUGACUGCACAACGGAAGCAAAUAUUGUAGACGCGGCCCUACAAACUGUUAUGGAAGCAUCGGGAACUGGAGUAAAGGCCACGGCCAAUCAGUUUGAGUUGUGCAAUGAUCUACGCACUGCUGCCUAUAUCUGGUCCAUAUUCAAAAUAUUUCGGGCUUUGGAGAGCUCUGGUAUAUCACAGCAAUAAUUCGUUUGUUGUUGUUUU